CCGCGUGCUAGGACGCAGCGCCUGGAGCGCCUGCCUCGCUUGGUCCCCUCUAGCGUCACCAUGCUGCCGCCACAGCUGUGCUGGCUGCCGCUGCUCGCUGCAUUGCUGCCGCCGGCGCCCGCGCAGAAAUUCUCGGCGCUCACGUUCUUGAGAGUUGAUCAAGACAAAGAUAGAGACUGCAGCCUGGACUGCCCAAGCUCCUCCCAGAAGCCGCUCUGUGCCUCUGACGGGAGGACCUUCCUGUCCAGAUGUGAGUUCCAGCGGGCCAAGUGCAAAGAUCCACAGCUGGAGAUUGCCCACCGUGGGAACUGCAAAGACGUAUCCAGGUGUGUGGCUGAGCGGAAGUACACCCAGGAGCAGGCCCGGAAGGAGUUCCAGCAAGUGUUUAUCCCAGAAUGCAACGAUGAUGGCACCUAUAGUCAGGUCCAGUGCCACAGUUACACGGGAUACUGUUGGUGUGUUACACCAAAUGGAAGGCCAAUCAGUGGCACCGCGGUGGCCCACAAGACACCCAGGUGCCCCGGUUCAGUAAAUGAAAAGUUACCGCAGCGGGAAGGUGCUGGAAAAGCAGAUGAUGCUGCAGCCCCAGCAUUGGAGACUCAGCCUCAAGGAGAUGAAGAAGAUAUUGCAUCACGCUAUCCUACACUGUGGACUGAGCAAGUGAAGAGUCGGCAGAACAAGACCAACAAAAACUCAGCCUCAUCCUGUGACCAGGAGCACCAGUCGGCUCUUGAGGAAGCCAAGCACCCCAAGAAUGACAACGUGGUGAUCCCUGAGUGUGCACACGGUGGCCUCUACAAGCCAGUGCAGUGCCACCCAUCCACCGGGUACUGCUGGUGUGUGCUGGUGGACACUGGGCGGCCCAUUCCUGGAACCUCCACGAGGUAUGAACAGCCCAAGUGUGACAACACAGCCAGAGCUCACCCAGCGAAGGCCAGGGACCUGUACAAGAACAGGCCACUGCAGGGUUGUCCUGGUGCCAAAAAGCAUGAGUUUCUGACAAGCGUCCUGGAUGCUCUCUCCACGGACAUGGUUCACGCCGUGUCGGACCCCUCUUCCGCGUCUGGCAGGUUGUCAGAGCCAGACCCCAGCCACACCUUGGAGGAGAGAGUGGUGCACUGGUACUUCAAGCUGCUUGACAAGAAUGCCAGUGGGGAUAUCGGCAAGAAGGAAAUCAAGCCCUUUAAGAGGUUCCUGCGAAAGAAGUCCAAGCCCAAAAAGUGUGUGAAGAAGUUUGUGGAAUAUUGUGACAUGAACAACGACAGGUCCAUCACGGUGCAGGAGCUGAUGGGCUGCUUGGGUGUCACCAGAGAGGAGGGAAAAGCCAACACCAGGAAACGCCACACCCCCAGAGGGAAUGUUAAUGCUGAAAGCGCUUCUAACCGACAGGUACAGGAGGCAGCCUGA